AUGAUAAAAGGUGCUCCACCAACUCCACCACCACCAACAGAGCAAGCACCAAAUGCCAAUACUCAACCAGCACCAAUGCAAAUACCUGGUAUGCCAUCAAACAUGGGUCAAAUGCUCCAGAAUCCAAUGAUGCAAGAGUUUAGAAUCUCCAAUGCACUUAGACAAUCAUUUGAAAUGAUGCGUAAUCCAGAAUUGAUGCGUGAAAUGAUGCGUAAUGCUGAUAGAGCUAUGAUUAACAUUGAAAAUCACCCAGAAGGUUUUAAUCUCCUUCGUAGAAUGUAUACAAAUGUACAAGUAUCAAAUCAAGCAGCAGCCAAUCAACAAAUCAACAAUCCAUUUUCAUCUUUAUUCCACAAUAAUACCAACAAUGCCAAUUCUGAUCAACCAUUACCAAAUCCAUGGGCACCACAACCAAACCCAACUACAACCUGUGCUACGGAACUGGUGCAUCAUCCAACAAUAUUACUACUAAUGGCGGCAACACAACUACUAGUCCAAAAAGUAACUAUUUUUGGUGGUAUGGGAGGAAUGGGAGGAAUGGGGGGAAUGGGAGAAAUGGGAUGUGACACCACUCCAUUUGGAUUGUCACCAGAACAAAUGUCUCAAAUGUUAUCAUCACCAGAGGUUCAAGGCAUGAUGCAACAAUUAAUGUCAAAUCCACAAUUUAUGGAACAAACAAUCAACUCUAAUCCACAACUCCGUCAAAUGGUUGAUCAGAAUCCACAAAUGAGAGAGGCACUUUCACGUCCUGAAAGUUUGGAAAUGUUUAGAAACUCUCAAAACCUUCAAGCACCUCUUCAACUUCAGCAAUCUUUAUCUACUCUUCAAAAUAAUGGAAUGUUUGGUGGAGCAUCAGGAAUGCCACCAGCAGGAAUGCCAGCAGGAAUGGAAAAUAUGUUUAGUGCCGCUGCCAAUCUAGAACCACCCGAACAAAGAUUCACUGUUCAAUUACAACAACUCAGAGAUAUGGGAUUCCUCGAUCCAGCCGAAAAUAUUCAAGCUCUUAUACAAACUGGUGGAAAUGUAAAUGCUGCUAUUAAAAGUUUACUUCGUUAA